GACUUUUAGGAAGUUGGUUCGUUAAAGAGGACCUUUUUUAUUCCUACAACUUUUGGUUUGUAUUAUAAAUUAGGUACCUACUCCUUAACAUUAGAUAGGUUUUUGUUUUACACAUCUUAAAUCGAACAUAACCCUAAUCGACCCUCGUUUCUAAGAGAAAUGUCGAACAGCUGUGCUAAUGUUGACGUUAUUGGUUGCUAGGCAAUGUACUUAUAGGAUAAAGGCACAGGUGCAUUUGAUCAUCAUAUAGUCCUGCUUCAAUGGAAAACGAGUAUAGAAUAUUAAAUCUAUAUAGAACAAAGCAGUACGAUGAAUGUCUCAAAUUAUGUGAGAAAGCUUUGCAAGCUAAAGAUGAUCGCAUGAUAGAGUUUAUACGUAUGCGAGCUAUGACGAUACAGGCGAAGGUCGUUGGUAAUGGAUAUGAAGAAGUGGAGUAUUAUCCUCAACAAGAGGAUUUGAUAUCUACGGCAGUGGCCAAGACACCGAGGCCUGGAACUUCGUUUCAACGAUAUACCAAAACAACUCGAAAUGCAGAAACUUCUAAUUACCAGAAGAGAGCAACAGCGACGGUGCGUUCGCGAGCGGGCACCAGCACUGCUGGAGCUCGGAGCAUGCGGACUGCGCUCAGCACAGCCUCUCGCAUGUCCCGGGCGGCCACUGCACUCGCGGGUGGAGCUCCCUUCACUCCCGGAGCACCACUCUCCUUACGAUUUCUUUCAAAAGAAGACAAACUCUUUACUCCAGCUUCUAAGACGCUAUUUGAAUAUGUUUUCUACUGCGAAGGUGACAUUAGGAAGGCAAUGGAAGUGGCAUUCCAAGCACAAAAAUCUGAAGAUGUUGCAGACUGGUGGUGGAACUUCUCUUUAGCUCGAUGCUAUUACGCACUUGGAAUGUACAGGAACACUGAAGAUUGCCUGCGUCAAGCACUUAAACAAAAUAAACAUAUUUCUAUUUAUCUCCGUUUGGUAGCCAUGUAUGUAGGACUGAAUCAACCAAUCUCAGCACUGGAUGUCUGCAGACAAGGAUUAUCCGUGUUCCACGGGUACACACCGUUGUUACUGGAACAAGCAAGGAUUCACGAACAAAUGGGCAACUCUGCAUUAGCUGUCAAAGAAUACCGCAUGGUAGCGUUGGAGGACCCUUCAAAUAUGGAGGCAAUUGCUAAUAUAGCAAUGUAUAAUUUUUACAACGAUCAGCCCGAAAUUGCUUUGAGAUACUACAGGAGGUUAUUAGCUACAAAUCCAGCAGGACCAGAAAUAUACAACAACUUAGGGCUCUGCUGUCUGUACUGUAAUCAAUGGGAUCUGAUAAUACCUUGCUUUCGGCAGGCUCUCUACUUUUCUGCUGACCCCGAUAUUCGUUCAAAUAUUUGGUUUAAUCUGGCUCACGUCGCUUUGUCUACAGGUGACAUUACGUUGGCUUACCGAUGCUUACAAGUAAGUCUUGCAAUAGACUCGAGAAAUGAAGCGACUCAACAUGCCCUACAUGCUUUAGAUGCAAGGUUGAGAGCAAGAAGAAAUAACACUACAUAGUUAUUUAAGU